AUGUCCACCACCAAAGGGGCCACCACAGAGCGCCCGCAGCCAUUGAAUACAGACGAGCCAGAGCCCCCAGCUUACGAGGUUCAGCAAGAUGGUGUUCAAAUUGCCGAAGCAGUCACAACUACAUGGACUCGCCAGCAUCUGAUUGUUGCUUAUGCCAGCAUGUGGAUGGUGUAUUUCGUCAACAAUCUCAACAGCAGUCUCACUGCAAAUCUUUCCGCUUACAUUACGAGUGAAUUUUCGGAACACUCGCUGUUGACCGUGAUUUCAGUGGUGACCAGUGUUAUGGGUGCUGCAUGUUUGAUGCCCAUCGCCAAAGUGUUGAACCUUUUCGAUCGAACCGUUGGGUUCGUGAUCAUGAUUUUAAUCGCAAUCAUGGGCUUGAUCAUGAUGGCUGCUUGUAACAAUAUUGCGACAUACUGUGCUGCACAGUCAUUUUAUACGGUUGGACUUACCGGCGCUAUUUUCUGCAUUGACGUGAUAACUUCGGACACCUCAUCGCUUCGCGAUCGAGGUCUUGCUUUUGCUCUCACCUCUUCUCCUAGUAUGAUCACGGCCUUUUCCGGCUCUCCUCUGUCCAAUCAAUUCCACGAAACCAAUUGGCGAUGGGCAUACGGAACAAUUUGCAUCAUUCUCCCUAUCGCGGCAUCUCCUUUAAUUAUCACCUGGGAACUGGCCAAACGAAAGGCCGACAAGCAAGGUCAAUUACAAUACCAGCAAAGGGUAACGCGAUCCGUGCAUGAAAGCAUUUGGUACUACGUCAUGGAAUUUGAUGUCGUCGGAAUUUUCUUAAUGAUAGGCGGCACGAUUCUUUUCCUGACGUCUUUCAACAUCGCCGGCAACACCGAAGGUCAAUGGGAAUCACCCAAGAUUAUUGCUAUGAUGGUUGUGGGAUUCUGUGUCCUCGUGGCAUUCGUCGCUUACGAGCGAUGGCUGGCACCGAAGCCUUUCAUUCCAUUCAAUCUUAUCACCGAUCGCACUGUCAUCGGCGCAUGUCUACUGGAUAUUACCUACCAGGUCUCUUAUUAUUGCUGGGCCAGCUAUUUUACCUCCUACCUCCAAGUCGUCUACAACACCAGCCUGACGCAGGCCGGUUACAUCAGCGCCAUUUUUGAUUUCAUGGACCCGAUCUGGCUUAUCGGCUGUGGCUUCCUCAUCAGGGUAACUGGUCGCUUCAAGUGGCUUCUGUGCUGUGCCCUACCUCUGUACCUGCUGGCAAGUGGUCUGAUGAUCUACUUCCGCGAACCAGGUCACAACGUAGGAUAUAUGUGCAUGUGUCAGAUUUUCCUCGCGGUAGGCGGCGGAACAUUUAUCUUGAUUGAGCAGGUUGCUGUUCUUGCUGCGGCUUCGCAUGAAGACUAUGCCGCCAUGUUGGCACUUCUCAGCACGUUCGGAAACAUCGGCGGUGCGGUUGGCAGCAGUGUUUCUGGCGCUAUCUGGACAAACACGCUCCCUGUCAAGCUCCGCGAGUACCUCCCAGCGGAGUUGAAAGAUCAGUGGUCUGAUAUAUACGAGGAUCUGGAGAAACAACUCAGUUAUCCGGUUGGAUCGCCUGCUCGCACUGCUAUUCAGAAUGCGUAUGCAUUCAGCCAGCGAUACAUGAUGAUCGCCGGUACAGCGUUAAUGGGACUUUCCAUUGCCUGGGUACUUAUGAUGAGGAACAUCAAAGUUCAGUCUAACAAGGAUGUUUCAAAGGUCCUUUUCUAA